AUGUGCGCAAUGGAAUAUAGCGACUACACUGUUGGUUUGUCACAUUUGUGGCAUAUGCACCACCUGGCAGCCGUGCGCCUUCAAUCCGGCAAGGGGAUUACCGGGCUUCCCUACAUUGACUUCCGUAACCCCGAGACGAUGGAUCAUCCACAACUGGCCACCGACGCUAUCGUGAGACGGCUUCAUCGUCGCAUUGCAGCCGAUGAGCAGCACAUUGUAAAGGCUAACUAUCACCUUCGUGAUGUUAUUUGUAAUGCGGGUGACCCUACGUACAGAAGGCGGCGGAAUAUGAAUAACCUACCCACUGAAGAGGAGGUUGCAACGUGUCUAAACUCUGCAAAGCACACUGCGGCGCUGGAGAGGGCCCGCUUGAACAGAGUAAAGAACAUACAGAGAGAGAAUUACAUACUCUUAGAACAUCUGAAGAACACUAAGUGUUCCGUCACUUCUGCCAAAGAGCUCAACCGGUGGUAUAACAAUGAAUACAAGAAGCGUUCGCGGAUGACGCGCCACUUUAAACCCAGGGAACCAUUCUGUGGUGCUCGUGUCCUUACUGCAGAGUGCAAGUUUACACCUGGUACCAACCCGGAUUAUGUUACAUCGCAAGCGCUUGUGGAAACCCCGUCCUUGUGGAUGCAUCGGAGAGAACCUACCGUCGUGGAGGUGCUGGCGAAGGGCCCUGUGCUUCCGUCGCUGCAGGAGGCAGCGAAUCAGUACAUCGAAGGAUGUUGUUACACGGAUGCAAAAACCGGUGUUCCACACCUUCUGUCACGCUCCAAAGGAGGGAAGAGAGGGAAAGCUGAGUGGAAGGGCAUAUCGAAGCUUGACGUUAAGCUUAUGAACUAUGCAAACGAUUUGAAGCUCGUACGUGGCGGAAACCUACCCAUUGUUCGACGUGGCGAGGAGAACGGUAUUACCAGUUUAUGGCGGGGGGAGCUUGAGAAGCGGUCUCCGACCAGGUGUCAGGGCCCCCCUUGGAGGUGGUUGGGGGCUACCGAAAAGAGUAACGAAGAGAAGGCUGGAGGGCAGCACCAGAGUGUAAAUACCAUUGUGCCGGGAAGGUGGGAUCCCCACAGAAGCAUAAUGGGGAGGGUGCGGAAGUUAGCCUUAUUGAAAGAUAAGCGACACCAGUAUGCCAAAGAUGCUAAGGAUGGAAACGCUAGGCGGGAAAACAGGCGGCCACCGUAUGGAGUACCGGUAAUUCCCCCAGCAGCUGCUGGCGGUUUCCCAUUUAACGGCUCGACUGAUGCACAAAUUCCUUAUGGUAUGCAGCGGCUACAAAAUCGUCUAUCAACUGAAGUGCCCUAUGCCCAGAACGGUCAUUACGCGGAGGGAAUGCCUGGCCCGGUCGCUUUCCCCUCUAAUGCAUACGGGGAGUCUACCAAGACUGUGGAUUCGUCAGGUCCGCACGGGUUUCACGAUUUUUCUCAACUAAAAAAUUAUAGAUUAGGUUCGCAGGGUACGCCCGCUUCAUCGAUUAGCCGAAACUUUGGAGACGCAGACGCGGAGGCUCCACAAUAUGUGUCGGGUUAG